AUGGGCGACUCCUCGGUCGCCCCCGCCGGCGCGCUCGUGCCGUCGGUGCCCAAGCCGGAGCACGCGCCGUCCGCGGGCGACCCGGCGGCCCAGCUCCAGGCCCUGGCGGCGGCGGCGGCGGACGACGAGUGCGCGGGCGCGGGCGCCUCGCCGUCGUCCUCGCCGGGGGAGGGGGACGGGGCAGGGGCGGCGGAGGGGGCGGAUGCGGCGGGGGACAGGGACCUGCUCUGCCCGAUCUGCAUGGCGCUCAUCAAGGACGCCUUCCUCACCGCCUGCGGCCACAGCUUCUGCUACAUGUGCAUCGUCACGCACCUCAACCACAAGAGCGACUGCCCCUGCUGCGCCAACUACCUCACCAAGGCGCAGCUCUACCCCAACUUCCUCCUCGACAAGGUCGUGAAGAAAAUGUCGGCCCGACAAGUUGCAAAAACAGCGUCUCCCAUUGAUCAAUUCCGACAUGUUGUGCAACAGGGAAAUGACAUGUCAGUUAAAGAGCUAGACAGCCUUAUGACUUUGAUUGCUGAGAAGAAGAGGCAAAUGGAACAACAAGAGUCAGAGACAAAUAUGCAAAUAUUGCUAGUUUUCUUGCACUGCCUUAGAAAGCAAAAGCUUGAAGAGUUGAAUGAGAUUCAAACUGACCUGCAGUACAUCAAAGAUGAUAUAAGCAGUGUGGAGAGACAUAGGUUAGAUCUGCAUCGAACAAAAGAAAGGUACUCCAUGAGGCUUCGCAUGCUUUUGGAUGAACCUGCUGCAUCAAAGAUGUGGCCUUCGCCUAUGGAGAAACCUAGCAGUCCCUUUGUUCCCAACUCUCGGGCACCACCUAGCACAUCAUCUCCAGGGGGUUUAAAUAAUAGGAGGUUUGAUUUGAGAGCUCCGGCAAGCCAUCAAGGACAUCAAAGAAGAGAUGCCCUUGCCAGCUCAGACCCUCCCAAUCCCCCUAUACAGUCGAGUAAUGUUAUUGCUCGGAAGAGGCGAGUUCAAGCGCAGUUUAACGAACUUCAAGAAUACUACCUGCAAAGACGGCGUACUGGAGCGCAAUCUCACAGACAAGAGGAUGUUGUUACGAUGAAUAGAGAAGGUUAUCAUGAAGGUCUUGAAGAUUUUCAGUCUGUGCUUACAACAUUCACUCGAUAUAGUCGCUUACGUGUAAUUGCGGAACUUAGACAUGGAGAUCUGUUCCACUCAGCAAAUAUUGUAUCCAGUAUCGAAUUUGAUCGUGAUGACGAGCUAUUCGCUACUGCUGGAGUCUCGAAGCGUAUUAAAGUCUUUGAAUUUUCUACAGUUGUUAAUGAGCCAUCCGAUGUCCACUGUCCAGUUGUUGAAAUGGCUACCAGAUCUAAACUCAGCUGCCUUAGCUGGAACAAGUACUCAAAAAAUGUUAUAGCAAGUAGUGAUUAUGAAGGCAUAGUUACUGUUUGGGAUGUUCAAACCCGCCAGAGUGUGAUGGAGUAUGAAGAGCAUGAGAAAAGAGCAUGGAGUGUUGAUUUUUCACGUACAGAGCCCAAGAUGCUAGUAUCUGGUAGUGAUGAUUGCAAGGUCAAAGUGUGGUGCACAAAUCAGGAAGCAAGUGCCAUUAACAUUGAUAUGAAGGCAAAUAUUUGCUCUGUUAAAUAUAAUCCUGGAUCGAGCUAUUAUGUCGCGGUUGGUUCUGCUGACCACCAUAUCCAUUAUUUUGAUUUACGAAAUCCAAGUGCACCUCUCCAUGUUUUUGGUGGGCACAAGAAAGCUGUUUCUUAUGUGAAAUUCUUAUCGAAUAACGAGCUUGCAUCUGCGUCGACCGAUAGCACGUUACGGUUAUGGGAUGUCAAGGACAAUUGCCCGCUAAGGACGUUCAGAGGGCACAAAAAUGAGAAGAACUUUGUAGGACUAUCUGUAAAUAACGAAUAUAUUGCUUGCGGGAGUGAAACAAAUGAGGUUUUUGUUUACCACAAGGCUAUCUCCAAACCUGCUUCCAGCCAUAGGUUUCUGUCCACGGACCCGGACGACGCCGAAGAUGAUCCCGGGUCUUAUUUCAUUAGCGCUGUCUGCUGGAAGAGUGAUAGCCCUACUAUGCUAACUGCUAACAGCCAGGGGACCAUUAAAGUUCUCGUGCUCGCCCCUUGA